AUGUCUUCAGGAAUUGCUUUCUCCAAUGGCCACACCUGGAAACAGCAGCGACACAUUGGCAUCACUGCUCUGUGGAAGCUGGGCCUGGGGAAGAAAAGCAUUGAGCAUCAAAUAGAAGAUGGAGCUCAGACAUUGGUGGAGAUAUUUAGACAGACAAAGGGGCAGCCAUUUGACCCAUCACUUCCAGUAAUAAAUGCAGUUUCUAAUGUCAUCUGUGCUUUGAGUUUUGGACAUCAGUUUGCUCCUGACGAUGAAAACUUCCAGAAGUUAAUUAAAGCCCUCGAAACUCUUGUGAAAUUCACUGGUAGCGUUUUUCAUGCGUUGUUUCUUGCGUUCCCACGAUUAAUGAGCUACCUCCCAGGCCUUCACAAGGAGGCCUUGGCUUCCAUGGAGGAGAUCAUUUCCUUUGCAAAGCAGGAAAUAGAAAAGCACAAGAAAUCCAGCGCUCUGCAUGAGCCACAAGAUUUCAUUGAUUACUAUCUUCUUCAGAUUGACAAGAGCAGGAAUGACCCCAAAUCUACCUACGGAGAAGAGAACCUGGCUCUAUGUAUUUUUGAUUUUUUUGCUGCUGGAACAGAGACAACCAUGCUUACUCUGAUGUGGGCACUUCUCCUUUUGACCAAUCAUCCUAACAUCCAAG